AAACGGUCCUCGCAACAUCCUCCGGACUCAGUCGUCGACAUCCUGCCGUGUAGUGAAGUGCUUACCAUUACAAAUUCGAUAUUAUUAACUUGUAUUAUUUAGUGGUCCACCCAUUUGGUUUUCAUUUUCAUUUUUUUGGAUUUCGCGGUGCCAAAACGAAAUAUGUCUCCACUAAUACUAGUGGGGAUAACCAUUAUCUCCACGGCGUUGGGCGACGUCAAGCACGUGCUCGACGGCACGGCCCAUCCCCCCAACGCACGCGCCCAAGAAAUCAACAACCUGGCCCACAACGCCAACCUGGCCUUCCAGACCGGCAAUCCCCAGGACUUCUGGUGGAUGGCAAGCAACUCACCGCUCAAGGAUGCGUACGACCACUACAAGAAGUGCUCUUUGAAAGGAAAUUGCGGAAAUGUGGCGAUUGCCAAGGCGGUAGCUUCAGAGGGUGCUAGCGUUAGUGCUAGUGCUGCAGCUGGAGUACCAUUCAGUCCAAUCGACAUCAAGAACAACCCGUUCUUGAACGGAGUGUACGAGAAGAACAAGGCCAGCUCGGGAGCCACCAAAAACUCCGGUUUCCACACUGGUGCCAGCCUCGAUUUGAGCAACAACCCCUUCAUCAACGGUAAAUAUGCCACCAACAGCGUUGGUGAGAAAAUCUUUAACGAGAACGGCUUUAUCGGUGUGCAACCGUCGAAACCGUUCGCCACUAACCACCCAUUGUCACAGAAAAAACCGUUCGCCACCACUCAUCCGCUAGCAAACGCUACUAAUGUUUCAGACAACAAAAACGAGGGAGCCCUGUGCAAGGGACAAGGCAACAUCUGCGUCAAGGCGUCCAACUGUCAGAACGGCAUCGUGGCCAACGGUGAAGGAAUCCUGCAAGUCAGAAGCGAUGUGCAAAUUUGCCAUAAAGAUGAGGUGUGCUGUCGACUGGCUAGCGCUGGCCCAGCUCCCGACCAGGUACAACUCAACAUCCCCACCUUGGAUGGCAAGCCCACAUUCAACAACCUUAACCACGUCACCGCAGGAAAGAGUUCCGUACUUGGAUCUUCCAACAAGUUGGAAGGUGGCCUCAGCAUCGAGCCCCAGUUGAACUUCAACGGUGAAUCAGGACAACACAGCCAAAGCACCCUGAAACCCAGAGACGUUUCCAGUUUUGGAAGCAGCACCCCCGACUACAGCAAUGUAGAUUUCGGUGAUGUCAGGUUCGCCUCUACCAUCCAAGGACCAGCUUACCUUCCUCCAGUUGAGGAAAGCAGAGACAAGACAACCGUUGUAUGUGGUUUCGGACAAAUUAGAGGACCCAAUGGUAUCUGUACUUACCCACCAACAACACCAAGGCCAAGCUGUGGCCCAGGACAAAUCCAAUUGCCUUCUGGAGGUUGUGGUUAUCCAAGCACUCCUAAACCAACAUGCGCCCCAGGACAAAUCCAGACUCCAUUCGGUUGUCAGAAUCCUACUACCCCAAGACCAACUUGUGCACCAGGACAAAUCCAAUUGCCCUCAGGUGGUUGUGGAUACCCAACAACUCCAAGACCAACUUGCGCACCAGGACAAAUCCAAUUGCCUUCCGGAGGAUGUGGAUACCCAACAACUCCAAGACCAACUUGCGCACCAGGACAAAUCCAAUUGCCUUCCGGUGGUUGUGGAUACCCAACAACUCCAAGACCAACUUGUGCUCCAGGACAAAUUCAAUUACCUUCCGGAGGAUGUGGAUACCCAACAACUCCAAGACCAACUUGCGCCCCAGGACAAAUCCAAUUGCCUUCUGGAGGUUGUGGAUACCCAACAACUCCAAGACCAACUUGUGCUCCAGGACAAAUCCAAUUGCCUUCUGGAGGAUGUGGAUACCCAACAACUCCAAGACCAACUUGUGCUCCAGGACAAAUUCAAUUACCUAAUGGACAAUGCGGUUACCCAACUACUCCAAGACCAACCUGUGCUCCAGGACAAAUUCAAUUACCUUCUGGAGGUUGCGGCUACCCAACUACUCCUAGACCAACUUGUGCUCCAGGACAAAUUCAGUUGCCUUCCGGCGGCUGUGGAUACCCAACAACUCCAAGACCAUCUUGCGGACCUGGUCAAAUCUUGAGCCCAUCUGGAAGCUGCAUAUACCCACCAACCACCCCGCAACCAUGCGCCCCCGGCCAAACCAGAAACUUCCAAGGCAUCUGCGAGUACCCAAGAACAACACCAAGACCAUCGACGGACCGAGGCUACCUGCCGCCGAAGGAACCCAGUUCUCCAGGCUACCAGUAUCCCACUCCCACACCUUCGUUCACCUACCCAAGCCACAUCCCCGACGGAAACGUACCCGUGACCGUGAUCGUGAAUACACCCACCACACCACCAACCACUGGGGAACGCAUCGAGGGAUCCCCCGGCGGACACACUGAAACUCGCAUUCCUCCACCAUCUGAAAACAACCCAAGGCCACCACCACCAUCCUGCGCAGCAGCCCUUAAGUGUGUGCAAGAGAUCUACUGUACCGCCGAUGGAUUUGUCUCCCCUGUUCCAGUAGUCUUAACCAAAGAACAAGAACUUCUCAGAGUACCAACCACUGAAUGUAGCGACCAAGAAUCAGGCAUUAUUGGUAAAUGUUGUCGUGACCCCAACUACAAGGACCCAUGGCCGUCCGCGAACUUGGUCAACGGAGUUGAUGAUGGUCAAUACAAAGAAGACAACCACUUCGGCGAAUCCACCAACAGGUUGGUCAGGUCUAACAGCGGUCCGGUAGCUACCAGGUCCAUCAACUCUUCACCAAGCGUUCCACAACAACUGGUACCAUCAGCUUCCGCCAACCAGUGUGGUGUCAGAAACUUGAACACCCAACCAGCUGGCCAGGCCCCCAUCGACGCCAACUUCGCCGAAAUCCCAUGGCAAGCCAUGAUCCUGAGAGAAUCCAACCGCAGCCUUCUGUGCGGCGGCGCCAUCAUCGGCCUGAACGCCGUCCUGACCACAGCCCACUGCGUCGAAGGCCUCCCCACCUCCGACAUCUUGAUCAAGGGUGGCGAAUGGAAACUGGGAAUCGACGAGGAACCGCUGCCAUUCCAGAUCGUCAAGGUGGCCGCCAUCGUGCGUCAUCCUCAGUACGUGCACGGAAGCUUCCUCAACGACUUGGCCGUGCUGAUCUUGGAGGAGAAAUUGAGGCCGGCCAAGAACAUCGGCACCCUCUGUCUGCCACAACCCAACCAAAUCCCAACCCAGAACUGCAUCGCCACCGGCUGGGGCAAGAGGAUCCUCCAACUGCACGCCAAGAACGCCCUCAUGCACGCCAUCGACGUCAAAAUCAUGGACUCCCAGCAGUGUGAGCAAACCCUGAAGGAGAAAUUCGCCGAAUCAGUACAACACUACAGCCCCAACACUCUCUGCGGCUUCUCCAACAUCGACCAGUGCAAGGUCGACUACGGAAGCGCCUUGGCUUGCGACAACGGCAACGGCCACUACGUACUGUCCGGUAUCUACGGCUGGGACACCGGUUGCAAACAGGAGGGCCAGAUCGGCGGCUACGUGGCCCCAGACGUCGAAUGGAUCCAGGGUUGUCUCAGCAAACCGUUGAACGAGCUCAAGAAAUUAGAUAGUGAAUACACUUCAAAGGCUAGUAACUAAAUUUUAGGGUUAGACUUAGGAAAGCACGUUUUUUUUACUACACUUGACGAAGUAACAAAUUAAGCUCACCUUUUUAUUUUUUGAUCGGAAGCUCCACCCACCUGGGGGGCGGGCUUCCUUAUGUCAAACGCAAAGCUUGUUAUUCAUAUUAAAGAAAAUAUUUUUAUUUUUGUAUUUAUUGUAAGGAUAUCUGUUUUAGAUGCAAAUAAAUUGUAUAUAUUUUUGUAAGUCAGGGACGAAUAUUCAAAAUUAUUGUAAAUAUCGAUUUUAUAUACUUAACUGAGAUAUACCUUAAGUACAGUAUGUUUUAGUUGACUAUGGUUUUAUACUUUUUUUUAGUUAAUAGUUUUAUUUUAAAUAUAGAUAGCUCCAUUUUGGUUAAAAACUUAAUGCAAACUGCCAUAUGAACAUUUAAUGAACAAAAAAAGUAAUAAAUUUGUAUUAAUUUAUCCUUAAUACUCAAUUAUUAUGCGAACUGUGUUUAUUUAAACUAUUAAAUUCGACGCGUUUAAUAGUUUAAAAAUGAUAGAAUAGAAUAUUUAUGAAUGUAAUCUUUAUAUAAAAUAAAUAAUAAAUAAAUA